CUCGUCCAGUGGUUACGUUUUAGCGCCAAUCAAAAGGAAGAUUAUUAUCUGAGAGGUGCGCCGCGUGAAGCGCAUGUGCCAUUUAAAAGUCACUGAAUGGAUCGAUUCCCAUGAGUGACUCUUGUCUCCGGGACCGAGAUAAAACAGCAGGCGGGGUCAAAGGUUAACAUGAUUUCAGCUGUGUCGCUUGUGUUCCUCUGUCCCGCCGUGACUCACGUCAAGACCAGGGAGGACGCUCCAUGUUGUCUUCCUCACUGAGGUCACCAUGACGGAGUCCGGUCCGCUCACCACGCACGUGCUCAACACCGGCGACGGCGUCCCCGCAGCCCGGAUGUCCCUCAGCUUGCAUCGCCUGGACUCCGAGAUGAAGAUCUGGACCAUGCUAAGUGUCUCGAUGACCAACGAGGACGGACGCUGCUCGGGACUCAUCAGCCGGGAGGCCUUUGUCCCGGGAAUGUACAAGUUACGCUACGAGACGGGCUCGUACUGGGACAGCCUGGGUCAGAACGCCUUCUAUCCCUACGCUGAGGUGGUGUUCACCAUCAGCGACCCAAAGCAGAAGAUCCACCUCCCUUUGCUGAUGAGCCGCUUCUCCUACAGCACCUACAGAGGAAGCUGAGCCCCCCCCCCCACACUAACACCCCCCCCCCGCGGUGAUGCCUUCAGGUUACAUUUGCUUACUGAGUUUCCAUGCUAAAGCUUUAAUGGUGAAAUAAAGAUCAUCUACAGUGUU